AAAACUACAUGCUAGUUUUCUGGUCUGCAUGUUCAAGUGAAGGAGGCAUCUAGAUCGCUCUUUUCAUUACAGCCCAGACCGCAGCCUGUCUGACAUCCAUCUACAAUGGACUACUUCACAUGGUGGCUAAUAUUUGCUCUCUUCUUCCAGGGAUUCAACUGCUCAUACGCUGACGAUUCAUCGGAGAACAGAUACGCCAAAAAAGCUGGAGGACCUCGCUGCAAAGAUAGACCUCGACGCUGUAGAUCUGCAUUUGGUCCACAAAAGCCAAAAUGUGAAAGAAGCUCCAUGGUUCCCUGCUUGGAAGAGAGAGCUUUGUUUGAAUCAUUGGAUGGAAAACACGUUCUUUGUGAUACUAGAACUGACGGGGGUGGUUGGAUUUUGAUCCAGCGCAUUAGGACACCUGGUCACCACAAUGAACAAACCUGGGUAAAAUAUCGCGACGGAUGGGGUUCUUUUGAUCAAGACUUUUGGCUUGGGAAUGAGAUGAUAAGAAAACUGACAAUGGCUGGCUAUACAGAUUUAAGGAUUGACAUGAAAUAUAAGGGAAGAGACCAUUUCGCUUCCUACAAAAACUUCACGUUGACUGACGAAGCAGAUUUCUAUAGAAUGUCCUACAACACCGCCGGCUACAGAGGGUCUACACAAGAUCAAUUAGUAUACAGCCGUAAUAUGAAGUUCUCAACCUACGACAGUGGCGCCCGGAUAUUGUGUAAUAGUUGGGCAGGUUGGUGGUUUCCUACGGUAAAUGGUCACUGUGGAGCGGCAAAUUUCAAUGGAAUUGUGGGAUGUAAACAUUAUCUUAAGGGUCUCUAUUGGAAUGUGCUCACUGGUUAUUAUGAUUCUCUAGAUUCUGUUGAGAUGAAACUCCGAAAACCAAAUCCAUAGUCAUUAUCUUGGCUCCCAGUUAAUUAACCCCUGGACCUAUAUUACCCUCGCUGUUAACCCACUGGACAAGAAAACCAAAACAUGUUUUUAAUUUUAAACAAACUAAGUUUAUCAAGGGAACAUCUAAGUUAAUUUAUUUCUGUAGCUAAACAAUUUCUAAUUUCUACCUAGAAGAAAACUGCAGCCAGGAAAUAAGCAUAGCUCAAACAUUGAACAUAUUAGAAUAGAAGAUUUUUUAAUAACAAGCAGUAAAAUUCAAAUUCUACAAAAUAGUGUAAUAUAUUGUUUAACAACAGAAAAUAUGUUAAGCUUAGAUUUUGUUUGUAAACUCGUACAUGUCAUGUGGGGUAAUGUGUGGGGUUAUAAGCCCAGGUCGGCAUCCAUCUGACAAAAUUUGUUUGGACUUGAGAUUGUUUUGCCAAGCUUGUGUUAUAAAUAAAGCUGAUC